UUCCGCUGGAUUUGCACUCAAGGAAUUAUCACCAGUUGAGGACAUUAAUAAAGGAGAAUUUUACUCCUUAGUGAUACUGGAGAGAAAUGAAAGCCAUGGCAUCAGGGAUUUUGAUCUCAAGGAAGUCUGCGAAAAUAGACAUGAGUUUGAAAAUCAGUGGGGAUAUGAUGAAAGAAGUUUGACCCAUCACAAAAAUCUCACUGGUAGGAAAGACCAGCAACCUAAUCAGUCCUCAGUUACUCUUCCUGAGAAGCAGAGUGUUUCUCUGAGAAAAGAUACAUACCAGUAUUUCAUGAAUGAUGAACCAUUUAUAAGGAAUUUGUUAAAAUGGGACAGUAACAUAAGCGGUCCUGGAAAUGAGUACAUAAACUGCUUGGAAAAUAGAAUCGGGCUAAUUUCCCAGGCACACCUGGCUGAACUGCAGAGAUUUCAUAAUGAGGAGAAAAUGUAUGAAUAUAAUCCAGUUGAGAAGUGUGUCAGCAAUGGUUCCUCAGUCUCACCACUUCAAAGAAUUCCACCCAGGACCCAAAAAACUUGGAAUAAAUCUAGGAAGAUUUUUAAUUUGUUACGUACACAAGCCAGGCGAGCACACACUAGAGGAAAAUCUUAUAAAUGUAAUGACUGUGGGAAGGAUUUUAGCAAAACCUCAAACGUCAUGAGUCAUGAAGGUAUUCCUUGUGGACAGAGACCUUACAAAUGUAAUGCAUGCAGCAAAGCCUUUGCUGAGUGUUCAAGCCUUACUCCAGAUAAGAAAAUCCAUAUUGGAGAGAAACCUUACAACUGUCAUGAGUGUAGUAAAGCCUUUGACCAGUCUUCAAACCCCUUUAUGCAUCAGAGAGCCAAUACGGGAGAGAAAGUAUAUAAAUGUAUCAUAAAUGUCAAGACCUGUAGUCAUAAUUCGAAAUUCGCAUAUCAUCAGAGAAUGUAUACUGGAGAGAAACCUUACAAAAGUAGUAAGUGUUCUAAAGCGUUUACCCAGUUUGGAAACCUUAGUAGUCAUAAGAAAAUAUACGCUGGGGAGAAACCGCACAAAUGUAAUGUGUGUAACAAGGUUUUUAUCCAGAGGUCAAGACUUAUGGCACAUCAGAGAAUUCAUACAAGAGAUAAACGUUAUGAAUGUACUGAAUGUGAUAAGGCUUUUAUGAAACGUUCAGAACUCUUGCGUCAUGAGAGAACUCAUACUGGAGAGAAACCUUACAAGUGUGUUGAUUGUGGCAAGGCUUUUUCGAGGAGUUCAUACCUUACUCAGCAUAAGAGAAUCCAUACUGGAGAGAAACCUUACAAGUGUAGUGAAUGUGGUAGGGCUUUUAACCAAGUGUCCACCCUUUGGCGUCAUGAGAAAAUUCAUACUGGAGACAAACCUUAUAAAUGUAAUGAGUGUGGCAAAACCUUUACCCAAGCUUCAAAACUCACUAGACAUCAGGGAGUCCAUACAAGACAGAAACCAUAUAAAUGUAAAGAAUGUGGUAAGGCUUUUAUCCAACUUUCACACUUUAGGCUUCAUGAGAAAAUUCAUAUAGGUGACAGACCUUACGUAUGUGAAGAAUGUGGCAAAGUCUUUACCCAGCCUUUAAAACUCGCUACACAUCAGAGAGUCCAUACAGGAGUAAAAGCACAUAAAUGUAUCAUAAGUGGCAAGGCCUAUAGUCAAAAUUCAAACCUUGCAAAUCAUCAGAGAAUAUAUACUGGAGAGAAACUUUACAAAGGUAAUGAGUGUGGCAAAGCAUUUACUCAGUUUGGAAACCUUAGUAGUCACCAGAAAAUACAUGCAGGGGAGAAACAGCACAAAUAUAAUAUGUGUAGCAAGGACUUUAUUGAAAGGUCAAGACUUAUGGCACAUCAGAGAAUUCAUACAAGAGAUAAACGUUAUAAAUGUACUGAAUGUGAUAAGGCUUUCAUGAAACGUUCAGAACUCUUGCGUCAUGAGAGAACUCAUACUGGAGAGAAACCUUACAAAUGUAUUGAUUGUGCCAAGGCUUUUUCGAGGAGUUCAUACCUUACUCAGCAUAAGAGAAUCCAUACUGGAGAGAAACCUUACAAGUGUAAUGAAUGUGGUAGGGCUUUUAACCAAGUGUCUACCCUGUGGCGUCAUGAAAAAAUUCAUACUGGAGACAAACCUUAUAAAUGUAAUGAGUGUGGCAAAGCCUUUACCCAGGCUUCAAAACUCACAAGACAUCAGAGAGUCCAUACAGGAGAGAAAGUGUAUAAACGUACCAUAAGUGGCAAGGCCUAUAGUCUAAAUUCAAACCUUGCAAAUCAGACAAUGCCUACUGGAGAGAAACCUUACAAAUGUAAUGAGUGUGGCAAAGUGUUUACACAAUUUGGAAACCUUAGUAGGCAUGAGAAAAUACACACUGGGGAGAAACCACACAAAUGUAAUGUGUGUGGCAAGGCUUUUCUCCAAAGUUCCAGUCUAAUGGAACAUCAGAGAGUUCAUACAGGAGAAAGACCUUAUAAAUGUACUAAAUGUGAUAAGGCUUUUAUGAAACGUUCAGAACUUUUGCGUCAUGAGAGAAUUCAUUCUGGAGAGAAACGUUACAAGUGUAUUGAUUGUGGCAAGGCCUUUUUGAGGAGUUCACAUCUUACUCAGCAUAAGAGAAUCCAUACUGGAGAGAAACCUUACAAGUGUAAUGAAUGUGGUCGGGUUUUUAACCAAUUUUCACACCUUUGGUGUCAUGAGAAAAUUCAUACUGGUGACAAACCUUACAAAUGUAAUAAGUGUGGCAAAGAGUUUACCCGAUUGGGAAAACUUACUAACCAUCAGAAAAUACACACUGGCUAGAAACAACACAAACAAGAUGUAUGUACCAUGGCUUUUAUCCAGACGUCAAGCCUUUUGGUCAGAGAAUCCAUAUAGGAGAAAACCCUUGUAAAUAUCCUAAAUGUGAUAAAGCUUUUAGCACACAUUCAGACCUUUGCAGCCAUGAGAGCACUCAUACUGGAGAGAAACCUUACAAAUGUAGUGAGUGUGGCAAAACCUUUGCUGAGUGCUUGAAUCUUACUCAACGUAGAAAGAUCCAUGCUAAAAAGAUAAAUAAAUAAAAAAGAUCCAUACUAGAGAGAAACCUUAUAAGUGUAAUGAGUGUGGCAAAGUAUUUACCCAAUUUGGAAACCUUGCUAGGCAUCAGAAAAUACACACUGCAGAAACCACACAAGUGUAAUGUGUGUAACAAGGUUUUUAUCCAACGUUCAAGCUGUAUGGCAUUUCAGAGAAUUCAUAAAGGAGAUAGACAUUAUACAUGUAAUAAGUGUGAACAGGCUUUUAUCAAAGGUUCUCACCUUUGAGGUCAUGAGAGAACUCAUACUAGAGGAAAACCAUACACCUGUAUUGAGUGUUGAAAAGCCUUUACGGAGUGUUCACAUCUUACUAACUCAGUGUUAACCUAAUAUGUGUGGCAGUGCUUUUGUUUAAUUUCAAGCUUUGGGGAACAUCAAAGAAUUCAUAGGAGAUAGAAACAAAUGAGCAAGUUUUCAGACUUGUUCAACAUCAGAGAUUCCUUCAUGGAGAGGAACCAUAUGAAACUAACAUGUGGGAAAACAUGUAUCUAGAGUUCACACCUCCCCUGAUAUCAGAAUACAAAUCUCUGAAAGAAAGCACACGCCAGGAAUGUAUGGAAAGGCUCAUCCAAAGCUUAUUUAAUCUUAUGGAAUGUAAGUGCUACUAGAGAGAAACUGUACAAAUGAAAAGAGUGUGAUCUGGGUUAUUAAAAAUGUACAAAUUGGAGAGGGGAUAAAAUAGGUGAAUGGAGUGAAGAGGUACAGACUUCUAGUGGUAAGAAAACAAAAUGUACAACUUUGUGCUUUGUAGUCUUGAAAGAAUUCACAUAAACAUGGAAACCAUACAAAUGUGUCAAGGUUUUUACCUCAGCACGAAAGAAUUCAUACUGGACAGAAACAUUACACGUGUAAUAAAGGUAGUAAUUUGUUUAGCCAAUUCUUCACUGGACUACAAUUUAAAAACUCACACAAAGUGAACUAGGUUUAAUUUGAGGAUUACCCUAUCUUUGAUGUUAAAUUCCACAGAAAAUUAAAAUGAUUUAAAACUCA